AUGGAAUAUAUUAACGAAUGCACGCCUGCGCCAUGUAAGAAUGGCGCCACGUGCACUAAUCUUCAGAACGCGUACUCUUGCGCAUGUUCACCGGGCUGGCAAGGCAUCAACUGUGAUCAGGCACUGUCAACGACAAAGGCUCCAGAAACCACAACACCAACAACCCAGGCUCCAAUAACAAUACCACCAACAACCCAGGCUCCAAUAACAAUACCACCAACAACCCAGGCUCCAACAACAAUAUCAACAACAACUAAGGCUCCGGAAACUACACCUCCAACAACCCAGGCUCCAACAACUAAACCACCAACAACCCAGGCUCCAAUAACAAUACCCCCAACAACACAGGCUCCAAUAACAAUAUCAACAACAACUAAGGCUCCGGACACUACACCUUUAACAACGCAGGCUCCAACAACUAAACCACCAACAACCCAGGCUCCAACAACCCAGGCCCCAACAACUAAACCACCGACAACCCAGGCCCCAACAACUAAACCACCGACAACCCAGGCUCCAGGAACAAAACCACCAACAACCCAGGCUCCAAUAGCCACAACUUCAGAACCGGUAAAUGGCGCCUGGAGUGAGUGGGGCGGCUACUCAGCAUGCACCGUUACGUGCGGUAAUGGUCGGAAGUCAAAGCAGCGCUUCUGUAACAGCCCGGCGCCCAGCAACGGCGGAGAGCCUUGUUUCGGUCAGGCACUGGAAAUGACGGCGUGCACUGAGAAGGAAUGCCCGUCAGAUGGCGACAACUUCGGAUACGGAGAGGAUUACGUGCAGCGAUGCCCUCAGGAUUACUUCACGUGCCUGGAGGGAAGCAUCACCUGCAUUCAAAAGGAGUUUGUGUGCGACUGCAGCAGCGACUGUGACGACGGAAGCGACGAGAACACGCAGUACGCCAACUGUCCCGCGACUGUGCAGAAGGAGUGCGACAGCAGCGCAGCAGGUGUGACGGCGACGGCUGCUCUCGUAAUGUUCUGUGGCGUCCUUCACUUUAUGCGAACAUAACUCAGGCAUGACCCGACCCUUAAGCUACUCCGUAUAAGGACAAGCGACAGAAUUGCAAGAUCUUUUGCGCCACAUACAUG